UAGCCGUUUCGAUCAACCAACAGCCCUCUCUCUCUUCUUCUUCUUCUUCUUCCCCGCGCCUCUGCUCUUCUCUGCAGCGGCGGGCAACCGAUGGACCAGUUCCCCACGGCGCCUUCUGUCAACCUCUGGGGCGGCGACGAAGAGCCACAGACGGGGUGGCACCCCGCCGCGCGGCACGUGUGGCUGCGCAGCCGCCAGCUCGACGGCGCGUACCUCCACGCCACCCGCGAUGGGGCGGGGGUCUGCCUCCGACGGACCCGGGCGUCCAUGACCGCCGCGUGGGCCGUGCACGAGCCCCCCGACGGGCUCGGGCGCGUGUUCCUGCAGAGCGCCGCCUACGGCCGCUACCUCGCCCCCACCGACUCGCCGGCGCCGCGGGGCCAGCACGGAUUCCGCACCGUGCUGACCAGGCACUACGAGACCUCCCCUGGGACACCGGCAGAGGCCAUCAUGUGGGAGUUCGUCGAGCGCGGGGACUAUGUGGGCCUCUGCAUCGCCGGCGGCGCGCGCUACCUCCGCGCCAACGGGAGAUUCUUCCGGUUGAAUGGGAGAUACCUCCCCUGGAACACCGGCGUCACCGUCCAGUACCGCGGCACGACGAUGCACUGGGACUGGGUCAUGGAACCCAUCCCGCUCACUCCGCAGUUUCCUGGCAUUCCUGGUCCGAUCGAUUUUAACCGCAGAGAUCGCAGAUUCAUGGCUCUGCUAAUUUCGUGGUUAAUUCCAUUCGCCUGGGAGCAAUUCAUGGAACCCGUGCCCGGAAAGCUCGCCAUCAUGUUCGGGCGCCAGCGGCCGCCGACGCGGCCGAUCCGGUUCGUGCAGGCAGCCGACGACGGGAGCUACAACGGGGUGAACGGCUGGACAACGUUCCAGUUCACCGGGAACUCCGUCUUCCGCCUGAGGAAAGAGGUGGCCGGCAUUCUGCACACAGUGGACACCGACAUCAUCAUGUGCGUCCGAGCGGGCCGCCAUGGGCGGCUCGCGCCGAUGCUCGUCGACAUGCCUCGCGGCGGCGACGGCGACACCGUCUACAUCGUCGUCAUCACCUUGGGGACGCCAGCCGCAGCUGCGCUGCGCUACCCGGAUAUCAACACGUAGUCGAUGAGAUCAGAGCAGGACUCCUGACAGCGCCUCCCAGUUCACCUCUUCAGAAGUUGUCGCCACCUCGGACACAACAACAUGAGAAUUCAGAACUUUGGUAGCUAAACUUGAUAUAGGUUCAGAAAAACUCAGCAGCCCUUGUGUUUCUGCUACCUAAACUUGCCCUUGUUCCCCUGACGGUUCUAAAAUUCAGAACUGUUGAAAGCGUCAAGUAGAAUGGCCGAACAAAUGUGCUAUGACCAUGGUUGGCAACUACUUGAUCAUCUCUAGCUGCAUUUUUUCUUAGAUGAGGCUUCUGAUGUCAGAUGUUGUAGUGCUUGAAUUGCUGUUUCAAUUUUGAAUCGAACAACAGGAUAGAAAUUUGUAUUCUGACUGGAAGGUUUUCAAGAAGGUUUUCUUCCAUACCA